AUGAGUCGCGAUGAACAACCGCCAUUGAAUAUGGAGAGUCCUAGGCCAUCCGGAGUCUCGAGUUUCGAGAACCGUGCGCUCCCUGCGCGCAUGCAAUACCGAAGUCGACCUGUCUCUGUCGCAGUUGACCCCUUGUCUUUGGUCAUAUCGGAGUGCAUCUCUAUAACGUCUGCUAUUCAGAAGCAUGCGCGCUCACCCCAUUCAUCUGUUUCAGCCAUUCUUGGUGGAAGUCCCAAUCCUCUUCAGUUAGGACCCCCGAGCCCUUCACCCCACGAGCGAAGUAAAAGCCCGGUGGGUAGCAUCAGCGGCGAUGGCUCUCAUGAUGGUCUUACCAACCGUUGGGGAUUACGUGGGCAAAGGGGGAAAAGCAUGCAAGACAACCCCAUGAUUGCUGGCUUCGGUAAAUUGAGGCAUGAACUUGCCGGUGUGAAAGAUAUUCGAUCUUUUGACGCCCCCACGAUCUUGGCUCCCUUUCUUCACGUCAUCCAGACCAAGGGCACCGCGGCCCCGAUUACAAUCCUUGCUCUGGGCGCCUUGAGAAAGUUUUUGGCUUACGGUUUCAUCUCUCCUGAGUCGCCGCGAUUCGCAUUGGCUAUGCAGUCCCUCUCAGUUGCUGUAACGCAUUGUCAAUUCGAUAUCAGUGACUCGGGCCAGGUCGAGGUUGUCCUUCUGAUGAUUCUUAACCUGAUGGAAGACAUGAUGUCCGGGCCUGGAGGAGAUAUUCUGAGUGACGAGAGUGUUUGCGACAUGAUGGGCCGCGGCCUUGCUAUAUGCUCGCAGCCACGAUUCUCUCCUGUUUUGCGCCGCACUGCCGAAGCUUCCCUGGUAAAGAUGUGUCAGAUUAUAUUCGAGGACGUCAAGCAUCUUGAGGCCGAGGCUGGUGAAGAUGGCGAGACUCUUGACCAACAGGGUGACGAUGACCUGGACACUGUCAGGAUGGAAAAUCCUGCCCCCGAAGCAGGUGGGCUAUCAACGGAACGGAUGAGUCUGGAGGUACCUGGCACAUCUACACCAGACCCUGAGCGAAUCAGUAGAGAUACUGUAGCCACCACAGAAACAACCCCGGCCACUGUAAGCGACCCGGCCGAGGAGACAGAGUCCCUCGACCUCAGGCCUUACUCUUUGCCUUCUGUUCGUGAGCUAUUACGGGUGCUGGUAAACUUUUUGGACCCUCAAGAUCGAACGCACACGGACACAAUGAGAAUCAUGGCAUUGCGGAUCAUACAUGUUGCUCUCGAGGUCGCGGGCCCUUUUAUUUCUCGACAUCCAGCUUUGGCAGGCAUAGCAGAGGACCGCUUGUGUUGCUAUUUGUUCCAGUUGGUGAGAUCGGAUAACAUGGCUCUCCUUGAAGAGUCUCUUGUUGUUGCUGGGACGCUCUUGGCAACUUGUCGUGGAGUGCUUAAGCUUCAACAGGAAUUGUUCCUGUCAUAUCUGGUCGCUUGUCUGCAUCCCAAAGUCGAAAUACCUCGCGAGCCUGGAAUUGAUCCUUCUCUCUAUGCUGGUAUUCCGCAAACUCCUAAACUGGUAAAGCCUUCGCAAUCGUCGCAGCCUAGCAGCGGACGAUCGACUCCAGUGCCGGUUAAGGAUCGUCAAAAGCUUGGUAUGGAGGGAGGUGCUCGGAAACCAGAUGCCCGCCAGGCCAUGGUGGAAAGCAUUGGAGUCUUGUCGCGAAUGCCAACAUUUAUGGCUGAGCUCUUCAUCAACUAUGAUUGUGAUGCCGAUCGGGCUGAUCUUUGUGAAGAUAUGAUUGGUCUACUUUCCAGGAACGCACUUCCCGACUCUGCAACGUGGAGCACUACAAGCGUACCACCACUCUGCCUUGAUGCGCUACUUCGGUAUAUUCAGUUCAUUGAUGAGCGACUUGAAGAGGAACCUGUGAUUGAAGACUUUCCAGACCCGGCGACCUUGAGAGAUCAACGACGCAAGAAGAAGAUUAUCAUCAAGGGUGCAAGCAAGUUCAACGAAAAGCCCAAGGCAGGCCUGGGAUACCUAGAAGCGCAGGGCAUCAUCAAGGAUGCAUCGGACCCUGUGGCGGUUGCUAACUUUCUCAAGGGCACCUCUCGUGUCAAUAAGAAAGUUCUUGGUGACUUCAUCUCUAAGAGAGGUAAUGAAGCAAUUCUCGAGGCUUUCUUGAAUCUUUUUGACUUCUCUGGGAAGCGAGUAGAUGAGGCUUUGCGUCAAUUCUUAGAAUCCUUCCGAUUGCCCGGAGAGGCGCCUUUGAUCGCCACAAUCGUGGAAUCUUUCUCCGAAAAGUUUUGUUCUGCUGAUAUAACUGGCGAAGUUGCAGACAAGGAUGCGGUGUACAUCUUGACCUACGCCAUCAUCCUGUUGAACACUGACCAGCACAACCCUAACUUGGAGACGAAAAAACGCAUGACGUUGGAGCAAUUCGCCAGGAACCUGAGGGGAACCAACAAUGGCAAGGACUUUGCACCUGAGUAUCUGCAAACAAUCUACCAGUCGAUCAAAUCGAACGAAAUCAUUCUUCCUGACGAACACGACAACAAGCAUGCUUUCGAUUAUGCCUGGAGAGAACUUCUUCUCAAGACCGAGUCAGCUGGUAAUCUUGUCAUUUGCAAUACCAACAUUUAUGAUGCCGACAUGUUUGCGACAACGUGGAAACCCAUCGUUUCCACGUUGUCUUAUGUGUUCAUGUCCGCCACCGACGACGCCGUGUUUGCUCGAAUUGUCACGGGCUUUCAUGAAUGCGCUCGUAUUGCUACAAAAUACAAGAACACAGAGGCACUUGACCAGAUUGUUUUCUGUCUCAGUCAUAUGUCGACUUUGGCAGCUGAUUCGCAAUUCAACACCUCUCUGAACACCGAAGUCCAAGCUGGUGAUGGCAGUGUCAUGGUCAGUGAGCUUGCUGUUAAGCUCGGACGAGACUUGAGGGCCCAGCUAGCGACGCUUGUGCUCUUCCGUGUCGUCACUGGCAGUGAAGAACUCAUCCAUAGGAGCUGGAAAUAUAUGAUUCGCAUAUGGCUCAACCUUUUUAAUAACUCGCUCAUAUCAUCUUUCUCCCCCAGCAAUCUGCCAAGUUUGCCAUUGCCGUCCAUCCCCCUUCAGACUCCAUCACAAGUCAUUGACCGAGGAGCACGAAACGCAGACACCGGCUUCUUUUCAGCAUUUACAUCAUACAUCUCCAGUUAUGCUGCGGAUGACCCCCCUGAACCAUCUGACGAGGAACUAGAGAGCACACUUUGCACUAUUGAUUGCAUCAAGCAAUGCAAUAUGACUGCCGUGUUCGAAAACAUCGCGAAUUUGAACCCAUCUGUAGCCAAGCUCAUUGUUGAAACACUUGUUGAUCAAUUGCCUGAAGACUCAGCCACAACUGUCAUCAGUGUCAAGCAUGAGAGUAUGCCAGCACCUCCCACAAAUGGCCACACGAGAUCACCAGGACACAUAGAGUACGAUCCGACUGUGGCAUAUAUUCUCGAGUUCUGUACACUGUUGGCAUCACGAGAUGCCGAGUCAAUCGAAAGCAUGGGCAAAAUAUGCAAUGCUAAUCCCGUUCAGGAUCAUGACUUCGUCAACGUUCCCUUUUUGCUCCACACGAUUUCAACUCUGCCACAAGAGGCGUUGGGCAAGAACUCGGAUUUGGUUCUGCAGGGCCUCUCGCUCUGCAUUGAAGAAUCGGGCCCCUUGAGGCGCGAGAUGAUGACGUCCCCUGACUUUUGGGUUAUCCUGCGAACCCUGGCUCAGCGCUCUGAGGCCGCAGCAUUGGUGUUUGAAAUCUUGGAAAAGGGAACCACUGGAACGCCCCCAGCCAUCAUGGCUGAUAAUUACGAGGCGGCGAUUUCGCUCUUGAAUGAUUUUGCUUCUGCUGCUAGCCCACGGCAACCUAAGAUGCAGCCCAGAAGCCCCCGAUCGCCGAGAGUCAAUCCUCCUAAACAGGACAAGAAGCUCAACGCCGAGGCGGUUAACAGAGGUUCGAAGGCAGUUAACAUGCUUUACAACAUGACAGACAGGAUUCCCCACCUUAUGCAACAGUCUCAGCUUGAAAGCAGCGAAGCUUGGUCUGCAUACUGGUUGCCCAUCUUCCAGGCGUUGACGACGCAAUGCGCAAACCCCUGCAGGGAUGUGCGACAGCUUGCCUUUUCCGCUCUCCAACGGUCGCUUCUAUCACCAGAAUUGACCUGUAGUGACCCCAAAGAGUGGACCGCCAUUUUCGGAAAGGUGCUCUUCCCCCUGAUAACCCAGCUCCUCAAGCCCGAAGUGUUCCUAUCGGACCGAGAUGGAAUGAGUGAGAUGAGAGUGCAGUCUGCCUCUCUCCUUUGCAAGGUAUUCCUUCAGUAUAUGGUACUGCUAUCUGAGUGGGAUGGCAUGCUGGAUCUCUGGAUCAAGAUCAUUGAAAUCAUGGAUCGUCUUAUGAACAGUGGCCAAGGUGAUAGUCUCGAGGAGGCGGUUCGUGAGAAUCUCAAGAACGUGCUCUUGUUCAUGUCCAGCAGCGGAUAUCUUGUUUCACCGCACAAAGACCCCUCAAAGGAGAAGCUUUGGUCGGAAACUUGGAAGCGCAUAGAUCGCUUCUUGCCUGAGCUCCGUGGAGAGCUCGCACUAGACGAGCCUCCGAGCAAGGAAAAUACAAAUGAGCUGACUGUUGGCGCGCCAGCACAACCCCAGGACGCAGGCGAAGAGAUUAUGGAGAAGGAGGUUAAGAGUGCAGAAACCACGUCAACAGAUGAUUCAGAUUAG